AAACUUUCGGGCUGCCCGUUUCAGUGGAAACACCGCAUGUUUCGUUUCUCUUUUGUUGCUGCUCUAGGAGCUCAGUGAUGCGCGGAAGGAGCGACUGGAAGCCUUCGCGGGUCGGGAAAGCGCGCUGGAGCUCCGUGGCGCUGCGGCACGCUUGAAGCAAGCAGGAGACUCCGGCGGGGAAGGCCGAGAAGAGAAGCGCCCAGCGCCACCAGUUCAUGCGGUGGAAGGGGCACCUCCUCCUCUUCCUCCUCGUCCCUCUCACACGAGCCCCACGUACGACCUGCGAAUGUGGGAAGAGAAGCGGUUUCUCUGCAACCCCUUGAGCGAUAAACAUGGAGGCGGCGGCUGGUAAGCCAGGCGGAGAGGAGGACGACGAGGUGGCGGCGGCGGUGGAGCCGCAGCAGCCGCCGCCACAGCGGCAGAACCUCCCAAGCAACGGCGUGGAGCCUCCCGCGCACUCUGCAAUGGACAGCUACUUGCGAUCUCAGGGACUGUACCGCAAGCGGGUGGCGAAGGACGGGUCGUGCCUCUUCCGUGCUGUGGCAGAGCAGGUUUUCCACUCUCAGUCUCAACAUCUUGACAUUAGAAUGGCCUGUAUAAACUACCUGCGGAAAAACAGAGAGCAGUUUGAAGCGUUUAUAGAAGGAGAGUUUGAAGAGUAUUUGAAGAGUUUGGAAAAUCCACAGGAAUGGGUCGGACAAGUGGAAAUAAGUGCCCUUUCUCUUAUGUACAAAAAAGAUUUUAUAAUCUAUCAGGAACCAAACUGUGCUCCUUCGCAUGUCACCGAAAAUGGCUUUCCUGAUAAGGUAUUACUGUGUUUUUCAAAUGGCAGCCACUAUGACAUUGUCUAUCCUAUAGAGUAUACACGCAGUGCUGCUCUUUGCCAGUCUGUUCUUUAUGAAUUGCUGUAUGAGAAAGUGUUUAAUGUCAACGUGAAUAAAAUCAUAGAAGAACUUAAGCCCCUGGAUGUGACUAAGUGUGGCACUGGGGACAGUGAAGCUUCUGACUCAGAGGAUGAAGAUGCAGAAAGUGAAACACCUGCACCAAGUUUUUCAAAUGGAUUGAAACUCCCUGUGGGCAAGAAGCAACUUCACAAACAUGGAAAAGCUAACUCUAUUAGCUUGCCCAAAAACGUUUUAAGAUCCCUUAAUCCAUCUGUUUACCAAAAUGUUGAAUAUGAAGUGUGGCAUCAAUCAAAGCGUGAUCAGCAAAAACAAGAUUUUUCUAUUGCUGCUGGCAUGCAGUAUUCAGUUGGAGAUAAAUGUCAAGUGCGUUUAGACCACAAUGGAAAGUUUUAUAAUGCUCACAUCCAAGAAGUUCUGUCUGCCAAUGGGCCAGUGGUGGUUUUCGUGGAAGAGCUUAGUGCCAAGCAUAAAGUGUUGCUAAAGAACCUUAAAGCACUUCCACAAGCAGCUCCUCUGGAUAGUUGGAGCACUGUACUGGGAAAGAAGACAAAAAAGUCCGCUCCAGUGCAUGGACAAAAUGUUCAGACUGAUGCAGACUGCAGAGGGUCAAAGAAUCCAGCUAAGCCUAUAAAAACCCCAUCGACGCUGCCUCCUCGACUGCAGGGCACAAGGCCGCACCAUUUAUCCAGUCCUGGGACACGUUCUGAGCAACCCUCCCCUGAGCACAAAACACCAGGCAGAAAUCCCUCGCAGAUUGCAAGAAAGGCUGAUCGUGAGAGAACAGAAGAGUUGGACUACACAAAUAGAGACUGUAGCUAUUUUGGCCUUUCUCCAGAGGAACACAAAGAGAAACAGGUGACAGAAGAAAUGCAUGCACAUUAUGAGUUUCAGUUGCAGGAUGAAGAAGCCUUUCCUGCACUUAUGACUCCCUCAGUGUCUCAGGUAGCUACUCAGAUGACUGAUAACUCUGGAUGGAGAAGACCCCUCAUUCCUAAUGGGAGAAGAGCUAGCAGCCUGAAGGAAAAAAAGGAGGAAAGAAAAGAUGUGGAAGUAAAGCAGGAAAAAGCAUCUAGUCCUGAAGAGACCCCCUUAGAUCAGAAGCUUGAGCCCAAAAUAUCUAAGAGCAACGGGGUAAACAUUGCAGAUGCAGGAGCAUCGCCACCGUCAAGUCAGGGAAAUACACAGUCUCCAUGUAUUGAACAGAACUUGCAGGGAUCCUUACCAGAGGGGAAUCCCACACCAUCUUUGGCCUUCCCUGAAAUGCAUUUGCCUCCCACAGUGCCUUCUGUACCAGCCAUCGUGCCAGCAUGGCCAAGUGAGCCAACAACAUAUGGACCAACAGGUAUUCCAUCCCAAGUACCCGUGUCAUCAGUGAUGCCAACACAAGCAACUGGACUAGAUUCUGCACUCUCCCAACCCCAGCUGAGCUCCAGUCCAGUUGCUGGUAUUCCAGUAUCCCUGCAAGCAGUUAACCAGCCCUUAAUGCCUUUGUCUCAAACACUGAAUCCUUACCAGGAUCCACUCUACCCUGGAUUCCCUGUUACAGAAAAGGGGGAACGAGUCAUCACACCCCCUUACUCCUUGUGCAGCACAGGAGAGGACCUCCCAAAUGAUAAAAACAUCCUCAGAUUUUUCUUCAAUCUUGGUAUAAAGGCAUACAGUUGUCCUAUGUGGGCCCCACACUCAUAUUUGUACCCUCUGCAUCAAGCUUACUUAACUGCCUGUAGAAUGUACCCAAAGGUGCCAGUUGCUGUCUAUUCUCACAACCCUUGGAUGCAAGAGCUCCCCUUGACUCAGAAUGGAAAUGAAGCUGCACAGAUAGAUGGACGUUUUUCUGUGCAGGAUGACGUCAGGAUCAAUGGCCAGAGUCCACAGACAGACACCAUGCCUCAGUCAAUGCCCCUUUUCAUACCUGCUGGUCAAGUCCCAGAAAGCCAAGGGCUUGUUUGUGUAGAGUCUGGAAAUCCAGCACAAUCACUGCAUGCUGAAUAUGAUGAGUCCUUAGGAAACAAAAGUAUAUUCCUGCAGCCUACAUUUGGUGGGCAGAAUCCAUUUUUAGGCCCUGUUCCAGUUGCCCCAUUUUUCCCUCAUCUUUGGUAUGGUUAUCCAGUUCAGGGCUAUGUUGAAAAUUCUGCAGUGAGACAAGUUGCUGUGCCGCGUGAGGACAACAGAGCAGAUGCAGGCUUGCCCGAGGAACAUGGUUCUCCAGUUCCUGAUGCAGGAUGUGCUGACUCACUUCAGAAGGUCAGGAACGAAAGCAUUGUCCAAGACAUACCUCUCCUUCCUGCAACUGCCCCCAAGAGUGAAUGUAAUGCUAUAAAUAAAACCUCAGCCAGAGUGCCUAGGGAGCAGCAGACUGUGCCUGCUACCCCAUCUGCCACCCAAGCAAAGUCUGUACUUCAAAAUACUUCUACAGAGACAAAGGAUCUUAAGAGGCAGAUGGUAGCAGUGCCAAAAACUGAACUGAAAAAUGCUGCUCUGACUCACAAAGAAAAGACUGAUAAAGCCAGUGAUGCUGGCAGUGAAUCAGUCAGUUUGGAAGAAAGUAGGGUACCAAGGACAAGGGAAGAGAGCUCAGAAGAUGAAUGUGAAGUAUCUAACAUGCUGAAAAGUGGCCGAUCAAAGCAAUUUUAUAAUCAAACUUAUGAAGGUGGUAGAAGAUCUAGAGGUGAUAGGAAUUAUCAUCCUGGGAGGGGGGGAUACCAUUAUCCAAGAAAUGAGGAAUCUUGGAAGGGGCCAUCCACCAGAAACAGAGAUGAAGGCUACCAAUAUCAUCGCAGUCACCGAGGAAGGCCAUAUCGGAAUGAAAGAAGAAGAACGAAUGUAGAUGGCCAUCGUGGGCAGCAGUUGCCUUGAGUACAAAGUUUGAACAUAAAUACUAAGCUGCUGUAGCACUCUUUCUGCUUUGGUGAAAGACCAGAAUGCCCUUUUAUAUUGAAGAGUGACAAAACUCCUACGUGUUAAAGUUGCUGGCUAUUAAAACUGCUAUAUUUGGUUUAUUUAAAUUCUGGAAACUACAAAAGUAUUGUGUUUGAAAUACUGAAAAUAGUUUGGGCUUUCUUUUUCCCGUAAAGAUUUGAGAGUGCUAGGAAAAAUAAGUAGCUAGAAUGACAAGUUGUCAUAGCUGUAUAUUUGACAUGUGACAAAGAAGAAACUUGCACCAAAUAGAAUGUCUAUUGUAGCAUACUGUACCUUGGGUCUGAACUGGGGAUGUGAAACCUGUGGCUCUCCAAAUGUUUUGUCUCCCAGCUCCCCAGCAGGAUGGGAGAUGUAAUCCACAGUUUGCUCACCCCUGGACUGACCUCAGCUUCCUGGACUAUUUUUGAUGUGCUUCCAAUCCAAAGGCCUUUCAUCUCAGAAUUUGUGAAACUUGAAUGUGUGAGGUUGUGUGUCUUCAAGGAAAAUAAUACAUAUGGCAGUUGACUAUUCUUGUGUCUUAUAGAUGUUUAUAGUGUUUUAUUCAUAGGAGUAUAUUUUUAAUUUUAUAUUUAUAAAGCAUUUCUUGAACUAGUCAAAACAAUCAAGAAUCCCUGUGUGUAAAGUAUGUAGAAGGUUUCAUGAUAAAUUCUUUCAGGCAGUCUUAACACUGAUAGGACUGUAUGCCUAUGCCAACUAUGUAUAUAAGUGAAAAGUAGAUGCUAUGCAUUUCUAAAAUAGUUUUCAAUCUGUUACAACAAAACUUUUACAACUUUUUUGCACUGACAAAUUGCUAAAUGGGAGAGAUACAUGAGAUAGAUCUGUUGCAUUUAUUUUGUUUUUUUAAAGCAAGGCUUAGGCCGAACUUUAGGUUACUGGGUUUUUUCCUUCAUACUGUGGAAACUGGUUAUAUUGUCUGUAAAACACCUUGCUGCAUUUUUUUUAAAAAUGAGAGAUUUCUAACUUACUUUACUCCAUAAAUCUGGUUGCUUUCUGCCUUGCAAAACACUGCAAUAUACACUCCACAUUUUUUGGCUUUGCUCUGUAAAAUUGAAUUGUGUAUAUUUGUCUGUAUAUAUCAUUGUGCAAGGUGAUGGUUGCUUUUUAUUCACAUCCAAGAGAUUGUAUAAUUUUCUUUUGAUCAAGAGCUUUGAGGGAUACUUUAUUAAUCCUUUUCAAAUGCAUGAUAUAUAAUUAAAGAUGUUUGCCCUUUCUGA